AUGUGCCUGGCCACUGUGAAGUUCAUUGCCCACUUGGUCAACCAGCAGGUGGCGCACGAGGUGUUGGCGUUGCAGCUCAUCACGCUGUUGUUGGAGAAGCCCACGAGUGAUAGCGUCGAGGUUGCGAUUGGGUUUCUGAAAGAGGUGGGACAAUAUCUGCAACAAGUCUCACCACAGGCGAAGGCGUUGAACGCCAUCUUCGAACGUCUCAGGGGUAUUCUGCACGACGGACAGAUCGACGUACGUGUGCAGUACAUGAUCGAAGUCGUUAUGGAAGUGAGGAAAGGCAAGUUCGCAGAUUUCCCGAUGGUCCCGGAUGGCUUAGACCUGGUCGAAGAAGACGACCAAAUCAUUCACUUCCUGUCACUUGACGAAGAAGGCUUAAUCGCGCAGGCAUCACUGGAUGUGUUCAAGCUGGACCCCAACUUCACGGAAAACGAGGCCAAGUACACGCAGAUAAAGAAGGGUAUCUUGGGAGAGUCAAGUGAUGAGAGUGGCAGUGGCAGUGGCAGCGAAGACGAAAGUGACAGUGGCGAAGAAGAGGUAGAAGAGGAGAAGCCGGCCGAUGGCGGUAUUGUGGAUAUGACUGGAGUGGAUCGGGUUGCGCUGCGCCGUACCAUCUACCUUACCAUCAUGUCGUCCCUGGACUUUGAAGAGGUAUGUGGUAUGCGAUGCACUGGCGAUGUCAUGCGCUUGCUGUGUUUGGGGUUUAGGGUUUAG